GUCACUAUGUGGGAAAUCAGGAGAUUUCAUGUGAUUUCGCUUUUAUGAACACAGGUGAUUUCGCUUUUAUGGACAUGUGUCCUAUGAGCGAAAUCCCAUGCCUAUAUAUAGGUCUCUUGGGCGAAAUCAGUUGUAUCAUUCUUGUUUCUGGUACCGAAUUGCUGCUGAAGUGUCGUUUGACUUGUAAACAGUGUGAAAUCAAUAUACAAGGCAAGAUUUAGUAGAACAAGCUGUUUUUCGUGUCCGUUUCUUGUUAUUCCGCACCUGGAACGGAUUAGAACACCUCCGAUUGACUCGUUCGGGUCAGCACGCGAUCCUACAAGUGGUAUCAGAGCUCAGGACGAUGAGUUCUGCAUAUAUCAGCUUGUUUUCAUCUUUAUUUCUAACUUCUACACCUUAUUUCAUCAGUUCGAGAAGAUUUCACGGUUAAAAUCGGACCAAAUUUUCACAGAUCAUAGGAAAUUGAUCAUAGACAAAUCCCUGAAAGUUUCAAACUGAAAUUCAAAAUAAAAAUGGACCAAAUUGCUCUUCGAAUUGAUUUCGCUCAUAUGAACAUUAUCUGAUUUCGCUUUUUGGAACAUCUGAUUUCGCUGCAAAGUCACUUGAUUUCGCCCCAAGGUCACUUGAUUUCGCUCAUAGGACCAUCCAAAACCCUGAUUUCGCUCAUAUGUCCACCCAAGAACCCUGAUUUCGCUCAUAUGUCCAUGCACGAACCCUGAUUUCGCUCAUAUGUCCAUCCAAGAACCCUGAUUUCGCUCAUAUGUCCACCCUAAACCUCUGAUUUCUCUCUUGUGUCACCCAUAAACCCUAAUUUCACUGAUAAGAUCACCCAUAACCCUAAUUUCGCUAUUAAGGUCACACAUAAACCUGAUUUCGCUUAUAGGGACACACAGGACCCCUGAUUUCGCUCAUAAGUCUCUGUUAUUGAAAAACAUGUUAUCAAAUCAUCGCCGAAGAGUUUUACAAUGCUUUCGCGACACCGGUUGCACCUGUGACUGCUGCUGAGACCGUAUACAGUGAAAAUGAAACGGGUACUAAUCAGAAACCACCAAAGUUGAUGUAUAUCGAGGAUUUUCAGGGUUGGAAAAACCGAUUUGAGAAUUGGGUUCAAGCCUACAGAUUCGAUGCAUGGUGUUCACUGCUGAAAGACUAUGAGAGACCAAAGAAUGAGCGUGGGUUGGAAAAGGGUUUCAAUGACUUUAAAGAAGCUGAUAAGUUGAAAUAUACUAGUGAGAAGAUGAUGAUUAGCAUUCUACAGCAAGCAGUUAAAGAAGACAUCUUUGUCUUACUUCAACAUAAUGGAACUGCUAGAUCAAUCGGGGAGGCUUUGAUUCAGAAAUUCAGAAGGAGUGCUGAUAUGAUCAAAAACAAGAAGGCCUUAUUGAAGAAGUCGUUUGAUAUGUUUACUGCAUUUUAUCAUUAAACCACGAAGCAAACCAUAGAUAGAUAUUGUCAUCUGGUUCUCGAAAUGGGAAGAUUGGAUAUUCAGAAAGAUGAUGAUGAGUGGGUUGAUAAGUUAGCAGAGGCAUUACCUCAACAGAAGUGGGGAACUUAUCUGAUGAUCGUUAAACUCAUGAGAAAAACCGAGAGUAUGAACUUGGCUCAGUUUAUUCAGAAGAUUGAGGGACAAGAGUUGGAUAUUCAAAAGACAGCGAUCAUGACAAAUCCCAAUGCCAAGCAAGAUGUCAGUCUGUACUAUCGAGGGAACAAAUUUAAGGCCACUCCCAGUCAAAGUCCAAAGAUUAGUACCGCAUUCAGUGCUGUUGGUUCUACAAGUCCAAAUGAAAGUGCUACAACUCAAAGUGGUGGAUCUACUUCAUCUUUCUCAAGCUUUGAUCCAAACAGCAACACAUCUAGUCCUCAGAAGCAAAAUACUACAAAUCUGCAGUGUAAUGUGACCUUGAACAUUCAGAAUGGUCAACAUCUUUCUCCUGAGGUGGCAAAGCAACACAUGGCAUCUCUUGUCGCCAUGUUAGAGUCGUAUGAAAGUUUGAUUGCUGGAAGAAUUGGUAAUCCGAUGCUCACAAAGGAAGAUUACGACCAAAUCGAUGCAGAAGAGCUUGAGCUGAUGGAUGUAAAGUGGUGCUUAGCUAGUGCCUGCAGGAGUGCUGAAAAAUUUCAACAGAUUACAGGAAGAGAUGAAUUUAGAGGGAUGGCUACUUCUCCACUUGGUUUUGACAAGUCAAAGGUUACCUGUUUUCGAUGUAAAGGAAAAGGUCACUUUAAACGGGAGUGUAAAAACCAAGAGUCAACUGGAAGUCAAGAAAAGAGCAAUUAUUAUCAGAAAUCAAUCUUUCAUCAGAUCGGUCAACAACCCCAACAAAAGGAACCACAAACUGCUCAUCGGAAAAUGAUUGAAGAAGCUAAUAGGAAAGCUUAUUUUGGCAUAUUAGAUCAAAGUGAUGAGGUUGUUGCACAGGGUUUUAGGUGGGACAAGUAUAUACCUAGUGGAACUAAUCCUGAUUUGGCACUUGUUACCAGGAUUUUGGAUCAAAAUGAGGAUUGUCAGAAAAGGAUUCCGAUAUUUCCAGAUCUUGGAAGUGAUGUUGACACGGAUGAUGAGGAAGAGUAUCUUAACAAAUGUAGAAAAAGCAUUGAUCCUGACAGUUUUAAUUUUUUCUAUGCAGAUAAAGUUGAGAUGCUGAAUCAGAAGAAGAUUGCUCGAUUGCAGAAAGAGCUAGAAGCAGCAUAGCUACUCGCUGAUGAAAAGGCGAAGACUGAAGCUGUAGAAACAAAAGUUGAAGAAGCUGCUGAGAUUGCAAUAGAGAAGAUUGUUGAAGUAGAGAAAGUAGUGGAAAAAUUGUCGAAGUCGAGAAACUCGUGGAAGUUGAGAAAAUAGUUGAAGUUGAAAGAGUGGUCGAAGUAGAAAAGAUUGUCGAAAAGAUUGUUGAGGUCGAGAAACUUGUUGAAGUUGAAAAGACUGUAGAAGUUGAAAAGGUAGUUGAAAAGGUGGUUGAAGUCACUAAGCCUUGUGAGAAAUGUUCAGAAGCUUGCAAAGUUUGUGAAGAAAAAGAUAAAAAGAUUGUCGACUUAGAAAAGAUUAAGGAAGAUCUACUGUCUGAUGUGAAGUAUGUGAAAGAGUCAUAUGAGGUAUUGAACAGGACAGUUGACAGUUUGAAAAGAACGAAUGCAGAAAUUGAAAAGGCAAAUGACAAAAUGAGUGCAACUUUGAUGACAAAGCAAAGUGUCAUUAAUGAUUACAUCGAAGAUUGUUCUAAGGUUAAGAAGAAGCUGGAACUUGAGAAAAUUGAGAGUGAAAGGAUUAACCGAUUACUUUUGAGUUAUACUACACGUGACUAUCUGAUUGAUUGGGUUUAUCCUACUGUUGCAGGUCUUGAAGCGUUCAAGAAGAAAGAAAAAGAAGAGGAUACUGGAGGAAGCUCAGAGGAUGAACAGAAGUAACCAUUCUGGAAGCAGUCAAAUCAAGAGUUUCUUGCUGAAGUGAAGAAAAAUGUGAGAAAGUUUGUUGAGAGAGUUGACAGAAGAACCUGUUUCAAAUGUCAAGAAAUUGGUCACAUAGCUUGGAAUUGUCCCAAGACCAAUUACCAAAAACAGGGAGUUUCUUCUAACUCAAAUUUGAAAAAGAUUUGUGUUGAUAGAAAAGAACAAUUGGUGAAAAAUGGUAAUUUGUUUGAAAAUUCGAGUUCUGAAAAAGGUGAAAGUUCAAAACGUUUUUACAAAAGAAGAGGUGAUUUGAACAAACAAAAGUGGGUUGUUAAAACAGAAAGUAGUUCUGACAAUGAAACUGAUUCCAUAAAAUCAGAGGAGUCAUCGGUUGAGAAAAGAGUUGUGGUUUUCGUUCCAGAAGUGAACGACGAGAAUUUUCCUCCAUUGUUAAAGGAAAAUUUAAUGAAGAAAGUGGGAAAAGUUGAGAUCUCAAAUCAAUUCUUCGCAGAUAAGGGAGAAUUUGAUGUUGAGAAAGCUUUCAACGGUAAAGUCAAGCACAUUUUCGGGAAGAUGGUUGAUAGAAAGGUUAAAGGUGCUAAAGAGUUUUAUAAAUCAAAGUGUUGGUGGGACAGAUGUGUUCCAAAAUCACCCAAGGCUGGUCAGGCUUGGGUGGAUGUUAUGUUUGAUUAAACACCUGACUCGCCGAAGAUCCCAAGUUUGUAAUUGUGGAUCAGGAAUCGGCAUCUUUCAUGAUUAAAAAGGUUGUAUGAAAGUUUUUGAUAGUGUUAAAAUUUUACAGGAAGAAGGACUACGCCGGAGCUUCUAGGUUGGUAAGUGCGAAGCAGGAAUCGGCAUCCUGAUUGGUAAAAUGGUUGGGUAGUUGUGAUAUUCCUACAAUUGGUAGUGUGUUUUUCUUCAAAUGGUACAGAGGUUGUUUAAUUGAAAAUGGUAAAUCAGGGACAUUAAGUUGUACUUGAUUUACUAUACUCGAUAAAUAGAUAAACAAGAUGAUGAACCAUAUCCCCGUACUUAAUAAGUGGUAAAUCUACUAGUGGUAAAAACGAACUCAUUUUCUGGAAAAAUCAUUUUGAUUAAAACAAAUUUAAGUGUUUUGAAAUCUGAAUGAGAAAAUGGUUUGUUGUGAGGGGGAGUUCUAAUUGUUUAUGCCAAGUGGAUGGCAAUUUGAAGUGAUUUGAUAUCAGUUGUCACUUUGUCUGUACAGUUUGUUUUUGAUUUUGUUUCUUCAAGUGGGUCAAGAGUUUAGAUAGUUUUCAAAUAAUUCGUUAAUGUGUUUGCAUUUUAGGGGGAGUGAAAAUUUCACAGAAAAUCCAAAAACAUUAGAAAAUUUGAAAAAGACAAAAAACAUGAUAAAAUCAAAAAUGAGUUUUGUUGUAUAAAAGAGGAAAUGAUAGUACAUCAGUGGACGAUCACGACAUGCUGAAGAAAUGGAAAGUUAAAAUAGUGAUAAACGGUCUCACUGAUGAUGUGUCAGUAGGUUUUUGCACAUUUAAUAGACUGCGACGAGAUAAAACCUAAAUUUCAAACUUGCUUAAUUCGUGGGUAACAUCUCUCGGAUAUACGGGUAACCCCCGAAAUCUUGUUUGAAAAGUCCCUUAUUCUGAGAUACUAGGUCUUUAUGCUUAGUGAUAUCUGGGGUAUUAUCUCGGGACUUCUGCUGUAUGGAAGUACUGACCUAGUCCCCGGAUAAUACUUUCUGCAAAUGCUUGAAAAAGCGCCGCCCUCAGCAAAUCGAUGAAACAAUAAAAUUGAUAGUCAUUACUGUUGUAAAAAAGAUCCUCUAAAGGGGACCCACCAAAAGUCGAGCCGUCAUCUCUCUGCUGAACGGAAGUUCUGACCUGAGAUCUCACGGUUUUGCACCUAACCCCUUACAGAUAUCAUCUAGGUAUACUCACCUGUAAGACUGAAUAUUGGGAUCUGGAUACGGGAGUAUAUUCUGAGGUGGGACACGCGAAUAAGUUUAAGUCACUAAGACAUUAAUCUUGUAUCUCGAAAACAGUUGAACUUUGGGUGAAAAUUUAAGUGGAUCAAUAUACUGACAAUCUAAGUGAAUCGUUUCAAACUUAAAAUGUUUAAAGCUUAUUGGUGUUGUUGAUUUGUCUCAUAAACUGAUAUGAUCCUCUUACACAAACUCGAAAAAUAUUGUAUGUAAAUAUUUCUUUACUGCAUUUCAUUUCGAUUAUUUCACAAAAUUCCAAAAAGAUUUUCAGUGUGUUUUAGCAUAAAAUUUUGAAAACCCCAAAAAGAUUUUCGACAACUGAUAUUGAGGAGCUGACUUUCAAAAUUCCGAGUGUUAAACAUGAUGAACAGGUUUGAGAGAAUUUGAUUGAAAAAGUUUUUAGGUAAAAAGAAAUUUGUUAAAUGAUCAAUGUAAUAUCUGAUUGUAUGUUGAUUGUAGAGAAGUCAGUGUUGAUGCAUGCAAUUUGAUAAUUUUUUAAAUAUCUUAUUCUUGUGAAUCUUAUGUUUUGGGUAGAGGAUCCGCAGGUGAACCUGAUAGCUAGACUAUGAUCCCAGCACAUGUUGAGGGGGAAUUGAAUUGUCAAAGAGCCAGGUUUUGAUCCUAAAAGUGAAGAUGCUGAUGAACUUAAAGAAUCAAGAGAUCUGAUCAAGAGACUGAGUAAAACGAAGAGUUCGAGAAAAAUGUUUGGAUGCCCGAAGACUGAUCAAGACUGAAGAUGUGAAGACUCGACACUUAAGACUCGUCAACAUCUGAGGGGGAGUCUGUUGGUGCAUACAUCUGUCGACUUCGUCUUGUAUCGAGUCUUAGUCUUAGAAUGUUAGAUCAGGGCACAUUGUACGAGAUUUCCCAAGAAAGUUGAUUUCCCAUAUAUGGACAUGUCACUAUGUGGGAAAUCAGAAAGUUGAUUUCACAUAUAUGGACAUGUCACUAUGUAGGAAUCAGCAUGUCACUAUGUGGGAAAUCAGCAUGUCACUAUGUGGGAAAUCAGGAUGUCACUAUGUGGGAAAUCAGGAGAUUUCAUUUGAUUUCGCUUUUAUGGACAUGUGUCCUAUGAGCGAAAUCCCAUGCCUAUAUAUAGGUCUCUUGGGCGAAAUCAGUUGUAUCAUUCUUGUUUCCGGUACCGAAUUGCUGCCGAAGUGCCGUUUGACUUGUAAACAGUGUGAAAUCAAUAUACAAGGCAAGAUUUAGUAGAA